UUCACCGUGUUGGUCAGGCUGGUCUCGAACUCCUGACCUCGUCAUUUGCCUGCCUCAGCCUCCCAAAGUGCUGGGAUUACAGGUGUGAGCCACCGCGCCUGGCCCAGUGUCCCUUUUCUGAAGAGCUAGCAGCUCUGUGUCCUUUCUGGUCCCUCAGCCUGUUAGGCCAGCACAGGGGCCCAUAAUCAUGAUGAGGGCUCUUGGGUCCCCAGCUCCUAUAAAAGGUCAUGCUUAUAGAGUAGGUGACAGCCAAUUCUUGCCGGUGCUAGAAUAAGGAAGGAGACUGACGUGACUCUACUCAGAGGAAGCUGAGCCUUACCCAGUGGAUGCAUGGCCCGGCCUGAGCGAGCCCUGUGGGUAACUUGGCAUUCCUCAGGCCAUCCCUUGGAAAACCCCAUCUUCCCCACUUCCCCUUCAGCCUUCCAGCCUCACAAGGCAGGCCGUCCAUGGCUGCCCACCCACUGCAGCUUAGCCUGGGUGUCGCCAGUCUUCUCCUUCUGUGUAAAUGGUAUGAUUAAGCUGGAGGGCAGAGAUAGAAACCCUGAAAGAAGCCCACUUCCUCCAGGAAGCCCUCUCUGCUUUCUCAGUGGGAGUGCUUCCUUCUUUCCCUUGCCCUGUAGCACAUACCUUCCUCCUAGUUUGUUUAUCCAUGGGUGCAUACGUCCAUCCAUCCAUCCAUCCAUCCAUCCACCCACCCACCCAUCUAUCCAUCCAACAAACAUUCAUCCAGCACUUAUUUACACUAGUGACCAAGAACAUGGUCCCUGUGCUCCAGAGCCUACAGUCUAAUAAGGGAAAUAAUUAUUAUGCAACUAGUUUCAAGUUAACAAUUUAAUUAUAACUGUGAUAAAUGCUCUGCAAGAGAUGUAUUUGAACCCACGGGGAGACAUUAGGUAGAAAAGACUUCCCUGAUGAAGGAAUGUUUCACCCAAGACCUCACUGUCCGCUAUGGUAGCCAGUAGCCACAUGUGACUGUUGAGCCCCUGAAAUGUGGCUAGUGUCACCAAGGAACUGAGGGUAGAUGAAUAAUUUUAUCAAAAUAAAAUAACUAUUCUGUGUCAGGCCCUGUUAAGGCCAGUCCAAACUAGUCUGGUUGAAAAUGCCAACAAUUACGUCUAGUUCAGCAUCCACCUCCUUCCCUCACCCCAGCCCAAUGCUGCCCCCAAGUCCCUGCUGAAGGAUCUGGAAGGGAUGGAGGUGAAGCAUCCUUUUGUUCCUCUUCCUUUCCCUGAAUUGAGUCUGUCUAUCAUCUGGUGUGUUAGGGCCUGGGAGGGAAGAUGGAAAAAGAGGGACCUUUUACUCAACAAUGCUCUGUUGAUUAUGCUCUGUUCAACAAUGCUCUGUUCACUAUGGCUGGACUCUGGAAGCCAGCUGCCUCCUAGGGCACAGGUGUGGAUUCCUAGGAGGAUCCUGCAUGUGUGCAUGCAUGCAUGCAUGUGCGUGUGGGUGUGCCCAUGUGUGUAUGCUGUGGGGGUACACAGUCUGCUACACAGUCUCUCUUAUGCAUGAUCUGAUCCAGGUGCACAGCUCCCUGCCGGAGUCCAUGCUGCAGUCUCUUACUCCUAGGCCCUCUUGCCAGUGGUCAUCUCUCUUGAGUGGGAUGCUGUAAGCUCAGCUCCCUCCUUUCAAUGGGGAUCUCUCCAUGGACCUCACCCCCUUGCCACUCUGCAAGGAGGAAGCUUGAGCUGCUGCCCUGCCACCCUAUCCCUCUACCCUGCCAUCUCUUUUCAGUUCCUUUUUCUCUUGCUCAGGGCAACAUCAAGGUGGAUCAACAAAUUCACUGUUGCUUCAGGAGACACCUGGAAAAAGAGAAGCCAGCCUCCUCCUCCUGCAGGCACCCAGUAUCUAGGAGUCAUUUUAGGGUACCUUGCUUGGCUGGGUGGUGGUGGGGAGUUGUGAGGUUGGGGGGAGUUUCCGUAACAACCUCCCCCAGGCUAACAACUCCUCUCUAUCCUCUCCCUCCACUUUAGCUGAGUGUACAGACCCCAAAGAGAUAGGAUGGCCGGGGAGCAGGCCAGGCUUGGCUGCUUUGUAAUCAUACCUGGCCCCAAAGAUUCAUUUGUUAUUACCGAGUAUCUAUUCUGUGCCCAGCACUGUGUGGCUGCUGGUUACAGCCAUGAACAAAAAUCAGUAGUCUUCAGGGCAAAUCAUUUAUUUUUCAUGAGGGAAGUGGAUAAAAACAAAUAAGUAUACAUCAGGGCUAACCAUUGGAAAGCCAAGUAACGCAGGGUAAGUAAAUGGAGAGACCAAAGGGAGAGGUUGUUUUCAUAGGGAGGUCAGGGAAACUGGUGGCUGUGUUUCAAAUUCAUGUUUCCCCAACUUGGAGCCUAGUAGACAAUUCUGAGCCACGGGUAAUCCGUGCUGCCAUUGUGCAAGCCUAGUGAAGCCAUGAGGCAAGGGUUGGGUUUCAAAGUCUAGAGUCUUUCUUAGUUGCACGUGGUUGUGUAUGUCAAGGCUCACUUCUCAACCCUCUGGGCCCAUGUCUGAUCCAUUCUGCAUUCCCAGAAGCCAUGUCUGGGUCUGGAACAGGGCAGGCUUUUGACGCUGCUUGUUCAGCAUGGAGGAGCCUCCAGGAGAAGGGAUAUCAAGGCUCAGCCUAUCAGAGGCCAGCUUUGUGGCUUGAAGCUUGAGGCAGAGCUCAACCACUUCCCUGUCUUGCUCAUGGGGAAUCAGAGACAGCUGGAACCCAGUGAAAGGCUCCAGAUGCCUCCCUGGCUAGAGACCACAGGCCUGAAGGUUUGGGGCUUGGAAGGAGGCCUUGGCCACAGUGACCACUUCUCUCACUGUGGCUCAGGCCUCUGCUCCAGCCAUGGCAGGGAAUUGGGUGGGGUGAACAUCUGAGAAGCAUAAAGCCUGCUCCAGGCUGUCAGAGGCUGGUCAGUGGCUCCUGGGCUCUUUCAGGGCCUUAGCCAGUGGUUGUCACUGGGAACAGACCAGGAGCACUGUGAGUCUCUCACCAUGGCUACCACACCUGGGUGGGCCCUGGGCUCCCUCCUGCCUACCCUUCUGCUGGGACUCACAGGUGAGUCCUGAUUCCUGUCCAGAGAGAUCCUCAGGGCAGGCAAGGAGACCCCCAGGAAUGACCACAUCCAGCCACCGUGUCUUCCUGAAGGGAGACUGAGGCUCAGAAGACAUGACUGAACUGUUUUCCUACCAGUCAGGUGCUAUUUUUCAUCUUUUCUUCAAUGUAGACCUUGUGGAUAAAGGGAGUUGGUGGGAGCUGGGGGAUCAGAGGAGGAAGUGACCUAAGGGUGAGGGGCUCAGGGGAGGUCAGGAGGUAAAAGAAGAGCCCACCUCCCAGUUUUCCUGAUGUCAGCUCUAGUCUGGGUGGCUACCUGUUCUGGAUCAGAAAGGGUGUAAGGGUGGAAAAGACAGAGAGAGAGAAAGAAAGAGAGAGAGAAGUUGCCAGAGUGAUGGAGCCUCCAGCAUUGGAGGCAUGGAAGAGUCCUGGACCCAAAGUCAGACCGGCCUUCUUACCCUCCUUCCUUAGCCACUGAUAGGCUGUGUGACCUUGAGCAAGUCACAAGACCUUUCUGAGUCUCUGUUUCCUCUUCUGAAAGUGGGGGCAGUAAUACCAGCCUCCUAUAGCUGGGAUGUGGAGGAAAAUAAGCAUACACGGCUGAAAGUGUUUUCUGAACCACAUGGUGCUCUGUGCAGGGUGGGUGAUAAGGGCAGAGCACAGUUCAGAAGAUACCAGAGCUGUGUGCUAAGAGGACGAGUUCCUAUGGCCUCCUGCGCUGCCGUCUGCCUGUCAUCCUGCUUGUCAUUGGUUGUUUAUUUGCCUUUCCCCUGCACCUGACCAGAUGCUUCUCAAGGGUAGGGGUCCCGUCUGACUCAUCUCUGUGGUCUCAGCACCCAACUCCUGACCUGGUGCGGAGCAGGGGCCCAGGGAAUGCUGCGAAGACUUGGGGAGGUUCCUGCUCCAGAGCUCUGCAGGGCUGUCCUUAGGAGGAGGGCUGGACAGCCCUUCAUCUCUCUGACUGGUCCAUCUCAGAGGACAAGCCCUGGAGACUCGGUACCUUUCAACUGUACUGCUGGCCCCUUCAACUCCAAGGCCUUCUCCCGGGACUUCAAUGUUACCUGGUUGAAGGACAGUGAUGAACAUCCAGCCUCAGCUCAGCGCCUGGUGCCUGACAAUGAAGGCAAUGACUUCAUCACCAGCAAGGCUUGGGUGACACUGACCCGACAGGAUGUCUCAUCUGAGAUCACCUGCGAAGUCACCCACAGGACCCUGGUAGAGCCCCUGAAAACAACCAUGAAUCUCUCCCAAGUGCUCCGAGUUGUCCCCACCCUGAAGAUCACCACUGAAACCUCUGGGACCCGUGUACGUGUGCAAGACAGAGUGAAUCUCACCUGCCACGUCCUCCACUUCUAUCCCGCCCACCUGCGACUCACCUGGAUGGAGAACAGGCGCAUGAUCCAGACCCUAGUGUCCCCUCAGGCCACCAGAAAUCGAGAUGGGACAUACUCUCUGGAGCACACGUGGCAGGCAGAGGUCACGCCGGAGGAGCGUGAGUUUGCUUGCUGGGUUGUCCACGAUGAGCAGCCCCCGCUCAAGGCCAAUGUCACCCUGCAAGGCCAGGUGCACAGGCAGGGGAAAGGCCGGAGUGUGCAGCCUUACAAGUUGCAAGGCCCCCUUCAGCGAUCUGAGCCCGGCACAAGGAUCCGAUUGACCUACACGUCCUCAGGGUUCGCAACACACCAGGUUACUGUGACCUGGCUUAAAAACAAACACGAGCUCCCAAACCCCCAGACCAGCGUCCAGUACAGUGGACACACCUACAAUGUGACCAGCAGUGUGCUUGUCCUGCUGACGAAUGAUGAUGUAUUCUCCCACGUCAUUUGCCAUGUUGAGCAGAAGUUGACGCUGUUUUUCCAGAAAACCAUUGGCCUGGACCAGUACCUCCGGGAACCCAUGGUAGUUGUGUGGAGGCACCUUACCUUGCCCUCUUCUCCACGGGCACCACCCCAGUUACCAAGAUUUCAACACCCGGAGUCCUCCAUUCUCAGGCCUUGCUCUUUUCUUCGUGAGAUCCCUAUCCUCUCCUGGUGUGCUGAAAGGGAAAGACUAAGUUCAGUUCCCCCUACAGUGACAGUGUUCCAGUCUCCCACCUUCUCCAGCUUGGUGGCCGUUACUUGCCUUGUGCAAAGAUUCUAUCCACAAAAUGUGCACCUCACCUGGCUAGAGGAUUGCCAUACACUCAAAGGCACUGAGCAACCGACAUUCAAGAAGAAUGGUGAUGGGUCCUACACCCUGGAAAACCUGCUGCUGGUGAAUGCAUCAGUGCAGGGGCCUGAGCGGGUGCUUACCUGCAUGGUGGAACAUGAAGGACAGCCUCCCAAACGGGCCAACCUCAUACUGUCCACAACAGCCCACACCACUUAUAAGCCCAUUGGGAGCACAGGUCCAGAGAUGCCUGCCCUUAUCUUUGUGGUUUUCCUCCUGGGCCUCAAGGUGCUACUGGUGAUGAGUUUCACAGCGACCUACAUCUGCAGGAGGUGGAACCUGUGACAGCCCCUGCAUGCCCUGUGAUACAUUACUUCCAGCCCUCUCGAAGGGGUUCAAGCGGGGAGAAGCUGCAAGGACUGAUAGGUCACUAAAGACCCCUUUAUUCCGUCCCUGCCACCCCCAUCGCAGACACGCUCCCUUCCGCACACCCUUUUGAUGUUCCUUCCCUCAGAGCUUUGGAGCUGAGUCAGGGAUGGAUUUUCUUCAUAAGGAUUCCAGGGAUGUCUUGACCCUCAUGUACUGAGCUUCAGAUCGGCCCUGCUUCCACCCAAGAGAAUUAAGCUGAUCAAGAAAAGAAGUUUCCAUUCUACCCUGGUCAUGAACAAUCCUUAAUUUUCAGAGCAGUUUUUACUUUUGUGCAGGGUUUUUGAAAAUAUGAUUUCAUUUGAACACACAUAUAUUUUGAAAUCACUGCAAAAGAAAUCAUCACCAGCAGACUUGAAUUAUAAGAAAUACUAGUGGACACCCUACAGGCACAAAGAAAAUGACACCAGGUGUAAAUCUGGAUCCACACAAAAGAAUGAAGAACAGAAAAAGUAAAUAGAUGCAUUAAUUUAAAAGACAUUUAAACAAAACUCUAUAGAUGACUUAAAUGUAAGAUCUGGAAUUACAAAAAGAAGAAAACUUGGGAAAAGCUCUUCUGGACACUGGCUGAGGCAAAGACGGAGUCUCACUCCAUCGCCCAGGCUGGGGUGCAGUGGUGUGAUCUCAGCUCACUGCAACCUCCACCUCUCAGGUUCUAGCAAUUCUCCUGCCUCAGUCUCCCGAGAAACUGGGAUUACAGGCACGUACCACAUCUCGCUAUAUUUUUCUGGUGGUGUGUGUGCACACGUGUGUGUAUGCGUUACGGAUGGUAGGAAUCUUAUGUGUUUUACAGGUGGUAGGAAUCUUGUCUUUUUUCUAGAAGGAUUAAUUAUCCAGCACUCCCUGAUGUCCACUACCACCUUUGCUGUAUAGUGAGUGUCUAUAAAUCUGCGGUUCCUUUGAUGAGCUCUUUGUUCCGCUGAUCUACUUGUCUAGCUCUCUGUCAAUACAGGCAAAUUAAAUUGUGCUUCACUUUACUGCACUUCACAGAUCCUGCGUUUUUCGCAAAUUGACGGUUUGUGGCAACUCUGCAUUGAGCAAGUCUAUUGGUGCCAUGUUUCCAACAGCAUGUGCCCAAUCCGUGUCUCUGUCACAUUUUGGUAAUUCUUGCAAUAUUUCAAAUUAUAAUAAUUAUUAUAUCUGUUAUGAUGAUCUGUGAUUAGUGAUCUUUGGUGUUAUUAUUGUAACGGUUUUGUGGCUCCACAAACCACGUCCGUAUGAAACAGCACACUUGAUGGAAAAAUGUCUUGUAUGUUCUGACUGCUCCACCUACUGGUCGUUCCCCCAUCUUGCUCCCUCUCCUCAGGCCUCCCCACCUACCCUGAGGCACAGGAAGACACAGUGACCCGAAAUUAGGCCAAUUAAUAACCCUGCAACGGCCUCUAAGCGCUCAAGUGAAAGCGAGAGUUGCAAAUCUCUAACUUUAAAUCGAAUCUAGAAAUGAUGAAGCUUAGUGAAAAAAGGCUUGUCCAAAGCUGAGACAGGCUGAAAGCUAGGCUUCUUGCACCAAACACUCAGCCAGCUGUGAAUGCAAAGGAAAAGUUUUUGAAGGAAAUUAAAAAUACUACUCCGGUGAGCACAUGAAUGAUAAGAAAACAACACAAACUUAUUGCUGAUGUGGAGAAAAUUUCAGUGGUCUCGACAGAUGAUGGAACUAGCCACAACAUUCUCCUGAAAUAUCUCCAAGCCUUAUUGCCCUGGCUAGGACUUCCAGUACUAUACUCAAUAAAAGUGGUGAGAGAGGAAGAAACACUGUGACUGAGAAGUCAUGGUGAGGCCAGGGCCUGUCACUACCACUGCUGCCACCGAACAUCAGAGAAAGUCAAAAGGAACUUCAAGUGCCAAACACUGAGCCUUAUCUAAAAGCCAAAAAUAAAUGCCCAAAUCUACCCAAGAGAAUGUUAUCAAUCAUGCUAUUUUGCCUGUUAAAGCAUAAGGCCCAUCAGCAUUAAGCUCCAGGUCAGACCAGACAAUAUUACAAGGUCCCAGAAGCGAAAGUUGGAGCCGCUAAAACUGGGCAAAAGGCUGAUUUCAGGAUGUGUUUCUUCUAACACAAACCAUAAGCCUCCAGCGGUAGUUGACAGCGGCACAAAGCUGGAUCAUUCACCAUAAAAGAACUGUCAAGAAAACUCAUGGGGUCACUAAGUGCACAGGAUUUGAAGACUACAAAGCAGCAGUUAACAUAUCAAGGAAUGCUAAGUGUACAGACUCCAUAGGAAAUACCUGCACUGAAAAUUAAUCUUUGGUUAGCUUUCUGAAAGAGAUUAAUGAAGAGAAUUUGCCUCAUACCUUGUCAGACCCUGAGAGGAAGUCAGAUUCUCAAUUAUGUACCAUAAAGAAGUUAAAGAAUAACUUUCAUAAUUGAACCAAGAGCAGUUUGGUUCCUAAACAAGCCGUGGGCAGAUAUUGAGUGACUAGUGCUGCCAUGAAAGACAGAGUUAAUAAACAAUUUGUUAGAGAAACACAAGUCAAGUUUCUAUCAGUAAAGCCAUGGCAACUCUCUCAAGGAGAUCUUGCAAGACUUGGAGAAAAGAUCCCAAGACAGUUCCCUCUGUCUUUGUUCAGACCCUUAGUAGGACUCAAGCAUUAAAAAAAAAAAAAAAAAAAUUAAUGGUCAAGGGUACAAAGGUUAAUAGGGUUAAUUAUUAAAAACCAUGUAUAAGUUAGUGAACAGGAAGUAAAACAUAUCAAAACCAAGACAUACUCCAGUUUGUUUCAGGGAGGAUAUAGUAACAGACAUUUAAACAUUAAGCAAAAUCAGCAGUCCAUUCAACCUUGUUUUGGGCCUUGGUCGUGUGUACUGCAAAAAUCAAAAGCCACAAGCCAGAGGCCUAGUUUGACAGUUGGCAGCUUAAAUUCAGUCAUUCUCAGCACUCAUGGCAUAAGAGCAAAUGGAACUAAUGGGGACAAAUGCCACAACAACUUACCACACAAAGCACAGGCGUUGGACUUCCAGUUGAAAAAGGCUCUUCCAUUUUCUAAACAAGAGAGCUCCCCAAACUCAAGCUGGUGACACAAUCAUGAAGGGAAAAGGAGUCCCAAAAGGGACCCAAAUGAAUCCAAAUACUGAAAAGAAGACAAUAGCAGAGGAUCAAAGGAAACAACUGGAAGAAUAACAGAAAUCAAAGGGGAAAAUUUGUAAGUGGCCUCCUAUAACACGUAAAACAGAAAGAAAAAUAAUAGAGAAAAUAAAUAUGCUGGAAGAGCAUUGAAAAA